UCGAUCAGCUUGUCUUCAUUCAAAUUAAAUUGAAUAUUUAACUCAGUCAAAAGCACAACAUUUAAAAUUAAAAUGAAAGUGUUCGUUGUAGUGUUUGUUAUUUUCUUGGUUGCUUGCUUUGUGGAAGCUCUUCCAACCCCCGACGGGGAACUUACAAACCCCGUUGGAACACCUCCCGUUGGAACACCUCCCGUUGAUACACCUCCCGUUGGAACACCUCCUGUUGAUACACCUCCCGUCGAUACACCUCCCGUCGAUACACCUCCCGUUGGAACACCUCCUGUUGAUACACCUCCCGUUGAUACACCUCCCGUCGAUACACCUCCUGUCGAUACACCUCCCGUCGAUACACCUCCCGUUGGAACACCUCCUGUUGAUACACCUCCCAUUGAUACACCUCAAGUUGGAGAUCUUCCCGUUGAUGCACCUCCGACCCUCGAAGGAGCACCUUCGACUCUGGACGUAGGACCUCCGAACCCCGUUCAAGAACUUGCGAACCCCGAAGAGAUUUUACCAUCGCCAAUAUGUCCUCCCCCCGAUGGAGAGAAUGUACCACCAGUUUCAACAAACAACGUAGCUUCAUCAAGUGAUUUAGGGGAAAAACUCAUGGAAUUCUUUCAACAUUUUAUACUGGGUCUAAGCGGAACCCAAGGCGGAACCGGAUGUACAGAUCAACCUCCACUUACCAACAACGUUCCACCACAAACAUCUGGUUUAUCAGAUCCUUCAGCAAUCAAUUAAUAUAGCAAAAAUGAAUUAAAUGAAUAAUAAUACACAAUAAUAUUGCUUAAUUUUAAACCAAUAAAAAAUUGUAUUACUUUAUAGAAU